ACAAGCUGUCUUUGCUGCAGACUUUCGCGAGAUUUCUGUAAUCUCCGGUAUUUUUGCAACCUUUGACAAAUCGGUAUUAUCUGUUCUUGAUACUUGAGCUAUUUUUGAAACGUUGUUUAAACGUUAAAAAAAAUCAAUUUAUUUGAGUGUAAUAUGUCUAAAGUGCGUGGAUGCAAGGAAGGUUUACCUCAUGAUCCUUCCAUAAAUAUGCCAACUGAACAGAAGACAAGUGAAUCUAAUAAGCAAAAAAUUGCUAAAAUCCAUGAUAUGUUUCCUUCUGCGAUGAAAGAUAAUAUAGCCAAGAUUCUUCAGUUUUAUGAUGAUGAUGAAUUCAAAGCUAUUGAUGCCCUUACGAGAGAUGGUGGAAGAGAAGCCUUAAGUAAUUGGGCCGAUUCCAGCAGUACAAAAAGUAAAAAUAACAAAAACAAGAAGAAGAAAAAGAAAGCAAAGAAAGAAUCCAGUGUAGGAAUCGCAGCCACAGCCUCUUUUGAUGCUGAUGAUAGCUCAAGUCUACACAGUGGGGGUAAUGUGGAAGCAGAUGGAGAAAAAGAAUGCCCAAGGACAGAGAAUGGAAAUGGUGUUCUUUGUGAUGUAGCGGAUGAACCUGCUCAUCUAGACAGAAUGAUAAGCAGUCGGCUGAAUUGUAAUGAACUGGAACCUGAAAGCUUAGAAUCUGAAAUGGAAAACAAACUACAACUGAAACUUCCUCAAGAAAAAAUUUCCUCCACAGCAUCUGAAGUUGUUAAUAUUUCUGCUAACUGUGAUAGAAUCCCUGAUACAAUUGAUUCUUGUACCUCACCACUAUCUGAUGGUUCUGAAAGACAGGAGGAGCAGGUUAUCAAGAAAGAGAAAUAUAGGUCUUCAAAUGAAAGCAAUUCAAAACCUUCACCAAGACAAAGGACAAGUAGUUUUCGUCGUAGUAAAAGCUCUUCAAUCUCAGAGGAUUCAUCUAGUCAGCAUAAUCCACAGGCUGUGGCAGCUCCAACAAAACGAGGUUAUGACAAGUGCAAAAAGGACUUAAAUAGACAAACAAUUUCACUGCAGCGAAUAUAUGCUUUAGUAGAAAAGGGUUUUGAAGAAGCAGCAAAAAAAUCUAAAAUACAGUUUUCUGAACUUCAAAAAUUGAUAGAAAAACGGCAAAAGGAAAUUGAAUCUGAGAUGGAUGAAAGAAAGCAAGAAGCCUUCAAUCUUUGUAAAAGUAGACAGGACUUAGCUGUCGAACUAAAGAGAAGAAUAGAUCGAAUGCCUUCUCUUUCAGAGGCUGAAUGGACUGAACUUAGAUCUGAUGUCAAGCAAUUUGUGACUGAAAGGAAGUAUGAUGAUGAACUGGGGAAGACAAUAUGGUUUCAAUGGGAAGAUAUUAGUCAAGUAAUUUCGAAUUUUGGAGAAGUUCCACCCGUAAAAAAUGUUUACAGUCAGCGUUCCCACUCUGCUCUUGGCCACAGUGGGGCUUCCAACAAUCCAGAGCCUAGUCCAUCCUCUUCCCUUGCAAAUGAAGAAAAUGAGUCCUCUGCAGACAAAAAUGAUGUUGGUAAUAUAUCUGAUACUGCUGAAGAUGAAGCUCCUGUUCCCGAAAAGGAAGAAGUGCCUGUUUUCACUAAACCACAUCCUACUGAAAACAGAACCCGUGUGUAUUCUAGUAAACAGUAUGAACGUUCGAAUCGUGGUCGUUUUCCUAAUAAUCGUGGAUCUGGAUAUUAUCGUGGAAACAGAGGUGGCGGUGGCUAUAACCGUCCUAAUUAUAGGGGCAAUUAUCAGUAUACUAGGCACAGUAACUACAACAACUAUGACAACCUCUAUACAGAAAGGGAUGGACGCAUCAACGAGGGAUCCUCAUAUCCUGGUGACAGAAAUAUAAAUAAUAAUAGAGACAACAAAUUAAAUAGGAAUCAAGGCAGAGGACACAUGAAUUACAGAGAUAACUAUAGAGGUUACAAUCGAGGAAAUGUUGGAGGGCAUCGAUUCAAUGUUGCAUCUGCGGAAACCGAGCCCACUGCGAAUGUUACCAGUGUGAACACUGAAAAAACAAAUGUUAUUAAUGGCUAUGUGAAUAGUAAUAAUUGAAAUAACUAGCAGUGUAGGUGUUUUGUUAUUUGCUAAGGAUCUUUUUUUCCCCUCUUUUUUUUACAUUGGGUAUGGUUUAACUCAUUCAAAACUUUCAUUCAUAAAUUCAUCCACUUUAAAAAUCUAAUGGAUAUAAAAAUUUCCUAAAAUUUGCAACUUUACAAAGUUUUGUUCCUAUUUUGAAAAUUAUUUUCAAGUAAUAUAAAGUAGAGAACAUUUGUUUUACCACAUUUUAAAGUUCUCUAGAGUAAGGUUACUCACACUAAUGUGUCGGUAAUUAUUUUCUGCUCCUUUUCAAAUUGAAAAGGUCUUGUAUAUUUAAACAUAAAAAAUGAAAUUGUAUGUUUAAAAAGAAUAGUCAAGAAUUAAAAAAAAAGUAAAGUUUUUAUGAUUGGAAUGUUAUUCUUUUUAUAAAUAAGAAAAAUAAGAUUUUUUUUUUUUUUGCUCCAUAUCUUAAAAAUUUCAUUCAUUAUUAAAACUAAUUCCAAAAUAAAUAUUUAUAAAAUGGCACAAGUAAUAGAUUAUUUGCAACAGAUUGUUUUCUAUGAUUUAUGUGACUGGGAAUUUUCAUGUUCCUUUCAAGUCAAAGUGCCAAAGGCCUUUUGUGGCUUUUAUUUGGAACUUGUGUAAUAAAAAGUUUCAAUGUGUGCCUUAUUAUAUAAGCUCUUAAACGAUAAUAGCUGUGAAGGCUAAUCUCUUUAAUUCUACCAUCUUCCCUCUCCCAUUGCUUUUUUUAUGGCAUAUAAAAUGUUCUGACAAACUAGGCAUUAAUAUAAAUAGGGGCACUUCUUAGGCUAAUUUUCCUAAUUAAAAUUCCAUUUAGGAAGACAAUGGAUUUAUGGUAAAUUUCAAAGCUUUCUUAGCAAAUGACAUUAUUAGAGAAUUACUAUGGGUCAUGUUAAACUGGUAAAGAUAGAUUAUCACUCAUUUUCUUUUAAAAACAAAUAUAACCUUUAAACUUGCCUGCUAUGAAAUGUUUUUUGUGUAAGUGUGUAUACUUUUUAAUUGAAAUAAGUAACUCUUUUCAAUUUCCUUAUUUUCUGAAGACAAUUAUUUAAAAAAGAAUUGAUUUCUAACAAACAAAUUAGUCUGUUGUUUUUUGCCGUGUUGAAGCAUGAAAAAAAAAAUUAAAAAAAAAAAUUAGCUAGUUAAAUAUGUUUCUCUUCAUUCGUAGUUUGAAUUUAGAAACUUGAAGUUGCAAAUAAUUUGAACAAAAGUGUUGGCUUUUAUUAGUUGCAUUUAGCUCUUAGAAAUAUGGACCACCUUUAAUCAUUCCUAUUGAACAUUCCUUUUUAGAACUACUUUGAUUGCCUAUACAUUCAAUUAUUCCAAAUAUGUUCUGGUAAACUUGUCCAGAAUAUGAUUUGGGAUUGGGAAUAAUUUUAUUUUGAAUGCUGCAAUAGAAGAUAGUCUAUGUUUAUAUAUAUAUACAGAAUGUGAAAAGUUACUAUUGAUGGAAUUAAAAAUGAAUUAACCUAUUGCACUUUUCUAUAUUUUGUAAAAUUACACCCUUUCAGAUUACCAACAACUGUAGAUAAAUUUUUACAACUUCAGGUUUACCAAAACUGAUAUUUAAAACGAAAUUUGUUGAAGUAAAUAUGAUGAUACCCAUGAGUUUUUAAAGACAAAACAUUGCACUAUGUAGCUUUCUGCAUGCUGCCAGAUUGAAUUUAUUUAAAUGAAAUUUAUUCAAUCUAUCUAUACUUAAUCUUUACCAGUUUAUACAUAUACAAAUUUUUGUAACCUAUCUGCUGCAUAAUAAAUCGUAACUAAUAGCUUUCAUUUACUUUUGAUGCUUAAGUGUUAUGCUUCCCCUUAAAUUGUGGCAAAUAAAUGGUGUAUCUCCCUUCUGUAUUUAGUGUAUAUUGUGCCUUCAAGUGAAAGAGCUCUCCUAUGUGUAUAUGCCAUAGUAACCAGCUGCUAGGAAAGAUGUUUGUAUAAUAAAACAACACCCACUUCGUAUCGUACCUUCCUUUUUGUAAUAAAAUUACGGAGUGUGUACCAAGCUUGAAUUGCAGCUUACAAAAGGGUUUCCAUUCUACAAGCAAAGCAACAUUUCCCCAAAAAGCUAAACAUAAAUAAAAUGUGUUAAUUCUUUGAGCUUGUCUUACUUCUAAGGAAAAAUUUAAUUCUUUAUGCUGUAAUUUUGCUUCCAUUUUUGAUAUAUAUUUUUCAUUCAGUAAAAGUAUGUAAUUUACUUUCCAAAAUACAUUAAUUUAUCCAAAACAUUAAAAAUUUGCUUUUUAGGGGGAGGGGGCUGUGUGUGUAAAGAAUUAUCGAGAUAAUGGAUAGUAUGAGUUCCUAGAUCUAGCACUUCAGUAAAUUUCUAAAUUGUAAGGGGUUUCAGUGAUUUUUUUAUAUUAAUUUGGGAACUGAUAACAUUUAUGUUUUGGAAUAAUUCGUGGUACAUGGUAGACACUCAGUAAUAUUCCUUGUAAUGACACUAGGGAAAUUGUGUGCUUUUGUCCAGUUAAUUGUUAAAAUGUGUACAUAAUUUACUUGUUAGCUGUGCAAUAGUGUGCGUAGUACUUGCCUCUGAGUAUGGGACCAUUAUUUCUUGUCCUCUUGCAUGGUUAAAAUCUUCUAUUUAUCAUUCUGCAAGUCUUCAAAUUUUUUGUACAUGAUGCUUUUUUUUUCUUUUUGUGGAAGGAGGAAGUCAUUCUAUGCUUGGAUCAGAAUGUAAACUUCUCGAAAUUUCUGUAAAUCUGUCCUUUCUCUCAAAAACAUGUGAAUAGAUUUUGCCUUCACCAAUUUAUUGAUUUAAUAUAAUUUCUAUAUCAUUUAGUAUUCUGUAUGUAUGUGUCUGUCUGUGUAUAUAUACAUGUAAAUAUAUAGUACAUGUGCUUAUUAAUAAAAAGUCUUUUUGCAUAUCUUGAA